AUGUCCGACGAGCAGACUUUCAUUGCCAUCAAGCCCGAUGGUGUCCAGCGUGGCCUCGUUGGUCCCAUCAUCUCUCGCUUCGAGAACCGUGGCUUCAAGCUCGUUGCCAUGAAGCUCACCUCCCCCAGCCAGGAGCACCUCGAGAAGCACUACGCCGACCUCGCCGGCAAGGGCUUCUUCAAGGGCCUCAUCUCCUACAUGCUGAGCGGCCCCAUCUGCGCCAUGGUUUGGGAGGGCAAGGACGCCGUCAAGACCGGCCGCACCAUCCUCGGUGCCACCAACCCCCUGGCCUCCGCCCCCGGCACCAUCCGUGGUGACUACGCCAUCGAUGUCGGCCGCAACGUCUGCCACGGCUCCGACAGCGUUGAGAACGCCAAGAAGGAGAUUGCCCUCUGGUUCUCUCCCUCCGAGGUCCUCAACUGGAAGGCCACCCAGGCCCAGUGGGUCUACGAGUAA